UGUCCAGCAUUUUCUGCCCAUUAGUGGAGUCACUGCUGGUGUCUGAAGACUGAGGAAACUUUUUCUUUUCAAACGGAUUGUUCUGUCCCAAAACAAUGACUUCUAAUUCCAACUUAUCCAACAUGCGACGGCUGGUGGAACAACUGAAGCUGGAGGCCAGCGUGGAAAGAAUAAAGGUGUCCCAGGCGGCUGCAGAGCUCCAGCAGUAUUGUCUGCAGAACGCAGCCAAAGAUGCCCUGCUGGUGGGCGUCCCUACAGGCAGCAACCCCUUCAGAGAACCGCGCUCCUGCGCUGUAGUAUGAAGAGGAAGACAAAGUGGACACAGCUGUGGCAUCUCACUCGCAGAAGAAAAGAAUUAUGUUUUGUUUUUCAGACAAUUUAUAUGAUUUUAAUUCCAUGUUUUUGUAAGAAAAAUGCUCCAUUGAUGUCUUGAUGUACUACUGGCCAUGCAAAUUUGCUUUUUUAAUAGAUUAAAGGGUGUUAUGUAAACCUG